AUGUCAAGGCUAAACACAGAAAUUGAUUCAGCAUUUCAAGGUGUUGGCACUAAAGGUGGCUUGGAGAUUUGGUGCGUCUAUAACAAUCAGCUUAUAUCUAUCCCAAAGUCUUCUUUCGGAAGAUUCCACUCUGGAAAUGCAUACCUUGUUCUCUGCACGGCUUUGAGGAAGAUUGGAAAUCCACAGUUUGAUAUUCACUAUUGGCUAGGAAGUGAUGCAAAUGAGGUGGACUCAGUUUUGGCGUCUGACAAGGCACUAGAGUUAGAUGAAGCACUUGGUUGUUGUACGGUGCAAUACCGGGAAGUUCAAGGUCAAGAGACAGAGAAGUUUCUCUCAUACUUCAAACCUUGUAUUAUACCUGUUGAAGGGAAGUUUUCUCCACAAAAUGGAUUCGCUGGUGAGACAUAUCAUGUCACCUUGCUAAUGUGCAAAGGAGAUCAUGUUGUUCGUGUUAAAGAGGUGCCUUUUCUUCGGUCAUCACUGAACCAAGAUGAUGUGUUCAUUCUAGACACUGCAUCAAAAGUUUUUCUCUUUUCCGGAUGCAACUCAAGCACUCAGGAGAAAGCUAAAGCCUUGGAGGUUGUGGAAUAUAUAAAAGAUAACAAGCAUGCAGGAAGAUGUCAGGUGGCCACUAUCGAUGGUGGAAAUUUUUCAGGUGAUUCAGAUGCUGGUGAGUUCUGGUCUUUCUUUGAUGGUUAUGCUCCCAUUCCCAAGUUUCCAUCUUCUUCUACCGCUCAACAACAGUCUCUAGCUACAUGUGCAAAAAUGUUCUGGAUAGAUACUCGGGGAAAUCUACAUCCAACUGGAACAAGUUGUUUGAACAAAGAUAUGCUUGAAAAGAACAAAUGCUACAUGCUGGAUUGUGACAGAGAAGUAUUUGUUUGGAUGGGAAGAAGCACAUCACUCACAGAAAGGAAGACAUCCAUUACAGCCUCAGAAGAAUUUCUACGUAAGGAGGGACGAUCGACUAGUACUAGUCUAGUGCUUUUAACGGAAGGAUUAGAAAAUGCAAGAUUCAGGUCAUUUUUUGAUAAGUGGCCUCAGAGCGCAGAGUCUAACCUUUUCAAUGAAGGUCGAGAAAAAGUGGCAGCCAUGUUCAAACGGAAGGGUUAUGAUCUUGAGGAGUUUCCUGAUGAAGAAGAAGAAGAACAUCUCUAUACAAACUGCCGAGACUCCCUCAAGGUUUGGCGUGUAGAUGGUGAUGAGAUCUCGCUUCUCUCAAUUCCUGACCAGACAAAGCUAUAUAGUGGCGAUUGCUAUAUUGUUCUGUAUAAAUAUACUUACAAUGAAAGAAACGAACAUCUAUUAUAUGUAUGGAUAGGUUGUGACAGUAUGCAGCAAGAUAGAGCUGAUGCCAUCUCCAAUGCUAGUGACAUUGUUGCUUCAACCAAGGGUGAAUCUGUAAUGUGUCAAAUAUAUCAGGGCAACGAACCUGUUCGUUUUUAUGCAGUGUUCCAGUGGCUAGUUGUGUUUAAGGGUGGUUUGAGUAGACGGUACAAGAUGUCUCUAGUGGAGGAUGCAAACAAAGUUGAAAUAUCUAAUGAGAGCAAGACUACACUUUUCCGUGUUCAAGGGACAGGCCCAAGUAACAUGCAAGCAAUUCAAGUUAAUCUAGCAGCAACCUCCUUGAACUCAUCCUACUGCUACAUUCUACAAAACGAAGAUUCUGUCUUCACUUGGAUGGGGAACCUUUCCUCAGACUCUGAUCAUGAUGUUCUUGACAGAAUGCUUUACUACCUUGAUACACCUUGGCAACCAAUGUCCAUGAAGGAAGGAAAUGAAACAGACACAUUUUGGGAUUUACUUGGUGGGAAGUCAGAGUACCCAAGAGAAAAGGAAACGAGAAGACAAAUAGAAGAACCACAUUUAUUUACAUGUUCCUGCAGUUCAAGUAAUGACGUACUCAAGGUGAAAGAAAUAUACAAUUUUGUGCAAGACGAUUUAACUACUGAAGAUGUAUUAUUGUUGGACUGCCAAAGUGAAGUAUAUGUCUGGAUUGGAUCAAACUCAAACGUAAAGUCGAAACAACAAGCUCUCGCUCUUGGUCUGAAAUUCCUAGAGAUGGACAUUCUGGAAGAAGGUUUGGCCUUGAUGACUCCUGUGUAUGUUGUCACAGAAGGCCACGAGCCACCGUUUUUCACUCGUUUCUUUGAGUGGGUUCCUGAAAAGGCAAACAUGGAUGGUAAUUCAUUUGAAAGGAAGCUUGCUACUCUUAAAGGAACGAAGCCAAACACUAAGAGAUCUAGUGGAAGCUCGUGGAGAUCACACUCGAAGGAGAAUGCAUCACGUGAUUUACGAAGUCGAUCUGUGAGCUCAAACGGAACAGAGCGAGGUGUAUCACCUUCCUCGAGUGUGAGCUCUGCACAAGACAGAAAAAGCAGCAGCAACUCCACUCCAGUUGUCAAAAAUCUUUUCUCAGAAACUCUUUCAGUGGAUACUAGUAAUGGAUCGGCGAGAGAAGCUUCGAGCUCCAACACAGACAUUUCUAAAGAGAAUCAGCUCGGAGGAAUCAAUCUCGAUCUUAGUCUAGAGUCACUUGCAUAUUCAUACGAACAGCUUAGAGUUGAUUCUCAGGAGCCGGUGAAAGAUAUAGAUGCAACAAGAAGAGAGGCGUACUUAACAGAGAGAGAGUUUGAAGAAAGAUUUAAAUUGACAAAACCCGAUUUCUAUGCACUUCCAAAAUGGAAACAGAACAAACUUAAAAUCUCUCUCCAUCUUUUUUAA